GAUUCGCCACGAGUAGUGACUCUCGAAGAGGGAACGUCACUGUGCACAUGGACAGUUGUACGAAAGCUCGGCGAAGGAGGUUUUGGUGCAGUUUAUUUGGUGAAGGAUCAGAAGAAUGCCGAAUUUGCGUUGAAAGCAGAAGCAGCCGAUCAGUCUGUCAAGGUGCUUCAUCUCGAGUUACGAAAAGCGAACACUGACAAAGGCAAUAAACAAGAGCGAUUCACACUCGGAUGUGCGAUAUCCGUUGGUGUGAAAUGCCUUGAAGCGAUUGAAGAACUGCACGGAGUCGGGUAUCUCCACAGAGAUAUUAAGCCAGCCAACUAUGCUAUAGAUAAACGAGAUUUGAGAAAGAUAUAUUUAUUGGAUUUGGGUUUGUGUCGUAAAUAUGUUAGUCGGAAUGGGGAGAUACGAGCACCUAGAUGGGCGGCUGGCUUCCGAGGAACAAUUCGAUAUGCCGCACUCAGUUGUCAUAUAUCACGAGAGCAAUGCAGGAAAGAUGAUUUGGAAUCGUGGCUCUAUCAACAGGUGGAGUUGACAACCGGGAAUCUACCGUGGAAGUGCCUGGAACAAGACAAAAAGCUAGUAGCUCAGAGCAAAGAAAAAUGUCGGACAACGAGUUCAGCUGAGCUAUUCAAAGAUUCUCCAGUGGAAUACAGUGCGAUUCUGAAGUAUAUUGAUUCUCUAAGUUAUUACGCAACACCAGACUAUCGCAAGAUGAAAACGCUCAUGCAGAAUGCACUCGUGAAUAAUAACGUGAAAGAAUAUCCGUAUGAUUGGGAAAGCUGA